CAUUGUGACUUGUUCUCUUUGAAGGAGGGCUUCCAGCUUGACAGCCAUGUCCGAGACGGCUCCCGAGGCUCCGGCAGAGGCAGCGCCGGCGGCCCCUGCAGCCAAGGCUCCCGCGGCGAAGAAAGGCAAGAAGGCGGCGGCGCCGAAGGCCAAGAAGCCCCGCAAGGCGUCGGGUCCGAGCGUGACGGAGCUGCUGACCGAGGCGGUGGCGGCCUCCAAGGAGCGCAGCGGGGUGUCUCUGGCCGCCCUCAAGAAGGCGCUCUCGGCCGCGGGCUACGACGUGGAGCGGAACAACAGCCGCGUCAAGCUGGGCCUCAAGAGCCUCGUGGCCAAGGGCACGCUGCUCCAGACCAAGGGCACGGGCGCCUCGGGCUCCUUCAAGCUCAACAAGAAGCCCCUCGACGCCGCCGCCGGCAGGGCCAAGGCCAAGGCGGGGGGGCCGCCCAAGAGGAAGAAGGCGCCCACUCCCGCCGCCAAGGCCAAGAAGCCCUCUGCCGGUGCCGCCAAGAGGCCGGCAGGGGGCGCCCGCAAGAGCCCCAAGAAGCCCGCCUCUGCGCCCCGGAAGAGCCCCAAGAAGCCGGCCGCCAAGAAGGCCAAGCCCGCCCCCAAGAAGCCCAAGGCCAAGAGCCCCAAGAAGGCCAAGUCCCCCCAGAAGCCCAAGGCCAAGAGCCCCAAAGCCAAGCCCAAGCCGGCAAAGAGCCCCAAGGCCAAGAAGACCAAGGCGGCGCCCAAAAGGAAGUGAGCCCAAGAAGGACUUCACACCACCGCCGCCGCCACCCCAA